AUGACGUGGCCUACGCCGCUGUUCCUGUACGCGCCGUCGCCGUUGGUGGCGGGGGCGUCGGCGGCGGGCGCCGUCGUGAUGGCAUUCCUGGCCAUCUCCGAGUUCCGCGGCGACAACCUGACCUACUCCAAGUUCUGGCGCUGCCGCGGCGGUGGCGGCCAGGGACGGGAGACGCAGCAGCAGCAGCAGCGGGCCGCCGACUCGGGAUGCUGCUGCUCGUCGCCGCGCUCGCGUCCUUCGCCGUGCCGGGCGCCGUCCACGGCGUGCAUGCGCACCUCCUCAGCGCCGCCAUGGCCGUCCACUUCCUCAAACGCGUCCUCGAGGUACAGCGGGAGCAUGCCGCUGGCGACGUCCCUGCUAAUCGCCGGCUGCUACCUGUUCAACGGGGGCGCCAUGAUCUACGUGCAGCACCUCAGCCGGGGCCUCCCAGAGCCCUCCAUGGACCUGCUCUACCCCGGCGUGCUCGCCUUCGCCGUCGGCCUCGCCGGCAACUUCUACCACCACCACCUCCUCUCGCGCCUGAGAGCCGACAGCGGCGGCGACGGCGACGACAAGAAGGUGUACAAGAUCCCUACAGGCGCCCUGUUCGGGCUCGUCACCUGCCCGCACUACCUCUUCGAGAUCCUCGCCUUCUUCGGGUUCGCCAUGAUGGCGCAGACGCGCUCUACGCGCUCACCGUGGCCGUGGGCACGGAGGCGUACCUCGCUGGCCGGAGAUACGCCACCAGGAGGUGGUACGAUUCCAAGUUCGACGAGUUCCCGUCCAGGAUCAAAUUAA